GGGGAGCAGGCUGCUGAGUAUUGGCUGGUGCUGCAGUGAGAGGAAAGAGAGAGCUGCUGGAAAGCCAUAAUGGUCUCCGGUGCGUGCAGCGGUGCUGAUCUGCACACUUUCUCUCACCGAGCAGCUCUGCCUUCCUUCCUUUAAAGACACACACACGCACGCACGCACACACACAUACAUGUAGGCAGCACUGCUCUAGCGCAGCCUGAGAGGAUCCGUCUUGUGGAUUACUGCUGGAUCCUCUGUCUUCUGUACUGAUAGACUGCACACUUGAUCUCGAUUUUCUCCCUGGAAAUGCUUCAGCUCAUUGCUCUACGUUGGAUUACAUUACAUUUUGGAGCUGCAUGAGGAAGGGAGGACAAGAAAGCCAAAAAGAGGUGGUGGCUCAUCACCAGUUGCCGUUUUUCUGCUCGAAGGCAACCGGCUUUCUUCUACAGAAAGGAAUACACCCUGGACCUGGGUUUGACGGAAUAUGGAAACAUCUCACACAUCUUCUUCAUUCACUAGUAAACCAUGACCAGGCUUCAGUAACAUCUUCAUCUUGCUAUAUAAACUCCAUCAUUCAUUCUCACACACUGCAUCAUAUCAUGCUUUUCUUAAGACUCUCUGUUAAACAAACACUAUUACAUUGGCUGUGUGUUUGAUGCCAUACACCCAGAAUGAGUCAGUCCUAAAUCUGUAGAGCAUUACAGCGACAGUGAGUGAAAAAGAUAGAGAGGAAGAGUGUGAAAGAGGGAGUCAGGGGGACGCGGUGGGGGACUGCUUCAGACGUGCUCUGACAGGUGCAGUCACUCAUCUAGUCUCUGGCAUGCACACAUUGCAGUUAGAAAGAAGGAGACAAAAUGUGACUGCUGAAUGACAAGGGAUCCGUGUUGAACAGAGUUCGAGCGUGGAACGGACAAAGACAUCCCUUAUUCUUAGAUGAGAAAGAGACUUUUUUCAUUGUUCUACUGACAUAAUUAGAGAUGCUUCAUGAAACAGGCUUGUGAAACAUUACUAUGUGCUCUUAUCUCAAGAGAAAUGUCUGGAAAAAGAGCCAGGAUAUUUGCACAGGAUAGCUAAAGCACAGAAACUCAACAGGUCAAGUGAAUUGCUCUGAAACGUUGCAGGACAUCAAUUAGUAAAAGGUAUCAUGUGCAUGCAAGACUCCACAUAAACUGUACUUUCUUAUAAUAGCAUAAUGAAUCCAAGACAGCAGUUAAUUCAGCUGGGAAUUCAGAGACUUCAUUGGUGAACACAGCAUAUAUCUCACGGUCAAUAUUAAUAUCUUCUUUAACUAAACAGAUUAUAAAGUGCGAGUAAAUACACAAGGGACAUGCUAUGGAUUGCUACAAACCAAGAUAUAGAUAUCAUUUCCAUGCAUUUCCAUGCAUUCCAUUAUUGAUAUUUCUAUGAUGAGAGAAAGAGACAAUAUAUGAUAUAAUGGCAAAAGCACAAAUAUACUACACAACCACAGUGUUUUGGAGUGCCUGGAUUUUACCAAGACAGACCAUUGCUUCCAUUCUUCCUGCCUAGUGCUUUUACAAGAAACUCGAAUUUUCUCACUCCCAGACUUUUCUGAAGUCAUUCUCUAAUCCUGCCUCGCAGUUUGGUAUUCUGACUGAAGAAGAAGAACAGACCGAGAACACAACUUCAAAGGCUUUUCAUGGAAAGAGACUUAACCUGUAGGGAGGGAUCUCCAGAAGUCAAUUAAGACCUUGUUCCUUUUCACAGCACAGAAUCAGAGAGGGAAAACAAAAAACUCAACUCAAACCAAGAUGGGCUGUAACAUGUGUGUAGUAAACCGGCCCGAGGAGCAGUACAGGAUUAUGUUUCAGAAGGGCAACAUGAUGCGUCCCAUCGAUGCUGAAAUAAAGCUUAAAGGAAGAAGAACAUCUCACCUGCCACAAGAUAAGGAUGGUCAUUCCCACGACCCUCUAUUACUUCAAGUGGUUCGGAAGGGACACAGAAGGAAGGCAGGAACUUCCACAGGAAGUGCUAGACUUAUGGCCAUCACAGACUGUGUGGACAACUCCACGCAAACGGACAUCAGCUUUCAGAACUUUCUUGGUGCUGGUCGAGGGAGCUACAAUGGCUGCAGCUCUCCGAAGCCCCCUCCAUCUCCUCCACUGCCCCCAAUGGUGGAGUCAUACCUGCUGAAUGACCUCACUCUGGAGCAUGACUCUGCUGAUCCUAAUGACUACCUUGAUGUUGCUCACCACGAAGUGGAUCGACAAGAAGAGCUGGAAUAUGAGGAAGUAGAGCUUUAUAAAUCCAGCCAGCAGGACAAGCUUGGUUUGACAGUGUGCUACCGCACUGAUGAAGAGGAGGAUCAGGGGAUCUACGUAGGGGAGGUCAAUCCCAACAGUAUAGCUGCCAAAGAUGGACGCAUCCGAAAGGGGGACCGAAUACUGCAGAUAAAUGGAGUUGAUGUCCAGAAUAGAGAAGAGGCGGUGGCCAUUCUUACCCGAGAAGAUAGCACAAAUUUUUCACUGCUACUUGCCAGACCAGAGAUGGAGUUGGAGACUCAAAUGGACCCUGAGGACCUGGAUUUCGAGUUGCCAGAAGGCAUGAGUGUGGACACUCUAAACAGCUCGCACUUAUCCAAUCUAUACCACCAUCGGCAGCAAAGAGGCCAAAUGAGCAUUCAUGAGGUCCCACUACACAGUGAAACACCUAUGUUAAGCCUUACCACCCUCAAUAACAGCCAGGAGCUGGACAGUGGUGUGGGUCGCACAGACGAAAGCACUAAAAAUGAGGAAUCAUCCGAGCACGAUAUACUCCUUGGUGAUGAGCAGACCAGUGCCUCCAAUACCAACACCACUAAUACACCACACAGCCUUCGCAAGUUCCGGCCUAGCAGGGGUAGUGGAGGUGGAGGGGAUACUCCAUCACCAUUACUUCAUAUCAAAGAACUCCACUUUAGCACGGACUCUCUGGAUUGUGGUGGUGCCGGGGCAGGAUACGUACAUGAUCCAGUGAGUGCAAUGAUGAUGCCCGGCCUGACUGAAGAGGAAUGUGAGAGGUACAGAGAGCUGCUAGAAAUCAAGUGUCGUUAUGAAAGAAAUAUCAAGAAUGGUAAUGUAGGGAAAAGCACAGAGGAAGAAAGGAAGAGGGAAGGAGAAGAGGAGGAUGUAGAGGAAGAAGAGAAAGAUGCGUCUUUGGACGAAAACUCUAACGAGAGCCUGACACCACACGAGAUGGCACUCUUGGAGGAGGAGCUACGGCACCUUGAAUUCAAGUGUCGGAACAUUCUUCGGGCACAGAAGAUGCAGCAGCUACGAGAGCGCUGCCUGAAGGCAUGGCUUUUGGAGGAGGAGGCUUCCGUGAGGGUGCCAACUGACCUACAGGGCUCCCCACAUCAUGAGCUGUCAGAUAUCACAGAACUCCCUGAGAGAGAGAAAUCAGACAAGGACACCAGUAGUGCUUACAACACUGGAGGCGAAAGCUGCAGGAGCACACCUUUGGUGAGUGAUCACCUUUCUCCUGUCGCUCAGAUAGACGAGUCUGGUUCAUCUGUGCAGGUAAGGCACAGAGACCGACCCAGUUGGAAUGAGAGGGGUCGUGGCACUUUCAAUUAUUCACCCGGUAGCUACAAGAAGUUCCACAUGAACACCAAUAUCAACCAGAAAUUCCACUCUCUGUCUCGGGAGGGGACCACUCGUUCAUUAGCAGAUGGUGGUACACAGGGCAGGAGCUCGAGAGCCAACAGCAUUCAUGAAAGAACCGGUGGCCAUAGUGCUGAAUCUAGUCCUUACUUUACGCGACGACAUCACUCUAACCGACCUAAGCCUGAGCGCUAUCAGAGCUGCAUGCAGCUGGGCUCCUCAUUUACAGAAACCACUUUAGAUAGAACUGUGGAAGGAGAGAGUGAGGCUCCAGUUGGCAGUAGUGGCCGCGCAAGCCCUAUGAGUUUAGCAAACAGCACUCUUAACCCUAUGCUUCACACAAGCCCAGCUAAACACUCAUUGGAUUUGCCUUUGCCACUUCCACCUGCUUCACCACGCAUGGAGUGGAAGGUAAAGAUCCGUAGUGAUGGCACACGCUAUGUGGUUAAACGACCUGUCCGUGAUCGCCUACUGAAGGCCCGUGCCAUGAAGAUCUGUGAGGAGCGUAGUGGCAUGACCACUGAUGAUGAUGCUGUAAGUGAAAUGAAAAUGGGGCGGUACUGGAGCAAAGAGGAGCGCAAGCAGCAGUUGCUGAGGGCCCGUGAGCAACGUAGACGACGUGAGUUUAUGAUGCAAUGUCGACUAGAUUAUCUACGUAAUCAGGGCCAAGACCCAGGGAAGGAUGGCCAACAGGAGUCAGGUCAGGCUCCUACCUCCAUUCUAGAGAUAAGCCAAAAGAAAAGUUCAAAAAAGCGCAACCGACGCAUCCUGGACAACUGGAUCACCAUCCAAGAGCUCCUGGCACAUGGUUCUCGCUCUCCAGAUGGGACAAGAGUCUACAACCCUCUUCUGUCGGUCACUACUGUAUAAAAGAAAAGUACAGAAAAAGCUUGAACAAUUCCAAAACCUGCUCUGUAGCACAUCACUAUUACAUAAAAGUGGCAUCAAAGUAACAAGCACAUUCUUUACAUUGCCAGUGUUUCUCUCAACCAAACUCAAAAACCUUGAUUUGGGGUAAAUGUGGUUAUUUUCCUAACAUGUGAAUGCUCUGGUUUUACAUAUUGCUGUCUGGCUAUUUCACAUAUUUAAUUACUUACUUAAUGACAAAUGUAAAGCCUCAUGUUUUGCUUCUUUUAGUGACUGGUAAAGUAAAGCCAGACCAAGAGCUGGGAUGCACUGAUGAGCACCAAUAGGUAAAAACAUAAAAAAUAAAAUUGUAUAUACUUAUAUUUACCAAAUAAUCAUCCAAAUAUGCUUUGACAAAGUAAGCAUGUUACUUUAAGACAAUACUGGAAAGUGAUAAAAACAUGUAGUAGCAUUUACAAACCUAUACAGCAUUGGAUAUGCCCGAAAACUAAUUAGCCAUUUUUAUUACCCAGGAGGACUUAAAUUAUAUGAAAUAAUUUAGCAACUAAAAAUGUGUUUAUUAUUUCUAAUGGUAUUUGUGAAUCUAUAAACUUAGGGACAUUAGCCAGCUGAAGAAAUUUACAUCAGGUAAUACUAAAAGCACUUUUUUCAAGAUUUUUCUUUUUCAUCAAAAGGUUACUUCAGCACAACUUUUACGACAGCACAAUGAGUACCCAGGCACAGAAGAAGUACUUGUCUGCUUUCUAUAUAUGAUAUCCUCUUCCAUGCAAACAAAGACAAAGUCAGUUCUGGUACUAGGCAAAUAUCUCUGGUUUCCAUCAAUAUGCUACACCAGAAAAGGGCAGAAAAGCAGAAAAUGGCACAGCAAGAAGGAUCUAAAUUAACUCCAUGAUUCAUGUCAUUAGCCAAACCAUUACUAAAUGGGUCUCAAUACUGUAACUGUAGAUUCCUUAAUGGUUAUUUAACUACACAGUGCUGAUACAAUCAUAAUAAUGGCUUAAUUUUAAACUCAUUUCUCACCUCUUAAUCCAUAAUUAAAAAAAAAAAAGUAAGAUGUAAAUGCCAGUUUUUGCCAGAGACUACACUUUAGAACCAAUAUGGUGCUCAAUGGGCAUGGUGCAUGUUAGAAAAAUACAGCUUAAACCCUAUAAACUACAAGGUGACAAGGUGAACGUGCAUGAAAACACUAGAACCAGCGUAACAAUUUACACAAUGGAGCGAUGCCUCGUAUGCUCAUUGUGAGAUCACACAAUAUGGACACAAUAUUCCAUCAUUAUACAGCUAAAUAUUGUGUUAAAACAUAUUUUAACAAUAUGUUAAAAACACUGAUUAGUCAUUAAUGUGUGAAUAAUUCAUUAUUUAUGCUAUUAGUUGCUAUGAUUCUUAAUACUCGAGCAGAAUGGUCAUGUUGGUUAAGAUACUGUAAUCACAGCACACAAAUAAAAUCAAAUAGUAACUACAGGGAUCAUAUCAGUGAUAUCUUGUUAUAGCAGUAUAGAAAAGGUAAGGAUGAUAGUAACAAUGUGGUACACUGUGAGGGAUAGAUUCACUGGCCACUUUAUUAAGAAAACCAUAUAAUUGCACAUUUAUGCAUUAUCCUGUCAGCCAAUUGUGUAGCAGUUGUGCAAACUAUAAUGCAAAUGCAGGAUAAGAGCUUGAGUUUAUGUUUACAGCAAAUGUGAGAAUGAGGUAAAGAAAGAUGACUUUAAUUGUGGCAAACUGCUGAUCUUGGAUUUCUACUCACAAGUAGAAAGAAAAGAAAACAAACAUCUACCUGGGAGAGGAUCUUUGUGCAGAAAUGACUGUUUGAUGAAAGAGGUCGGAAGAGAACAACCGUAUAAAAAAAAAACAAAAAAAAAACAACCACCCAU